UGGAAGAAAUCGCUUCACUGAUUUCAAUUCUCAACUCGCUGAUGGACGAACAGCAGAGCUUUUCGCGCCACGUGACCCCCACCACGAUCUGCGGCGAGAAAAACCGUAGCGAGCUGGGCGUAGAGAGCGAGACGCCCGAGAUGACUGGCAGCAUUCCGCUGUGCAUCAUGGUGCAUGGCAUGGGAGGUAGUGACGCAGACUGGCAAACGUGGGUAGAAAUUCUGAGCCAGCGCUUCCCGGAUUGGGUCCUAUGGCCCUUGCAGAAGCUGCGAGCUGCCUCCAGCUUCAUGGGGAGGGACUUGCGCGAGUUGUCCAAGAUGGCCGCAGCCGAAAUCUUCGAGGUGGUCCGAGGGACGCAAGCCAGUUCUCCAGGAAGUCGCAUCGUGCUGCAUUGCAUUGGGCAUUCCAUGGGUGGGCUCAUCAUUCGGGGGGCCCUUCCCAGCCUGUUGGAGAACUUCGACGACUCAGUGGACUUGGGCCAUUACUUGUCUUUGUCCUCACCACACAUGGGCAUCCAAUCCAGUUGGCUCCUCCCCCUCCAUGCUUGGCGCAAUCUCUGCUGGCUGUCGCGGCCCGUCUCGUUGCAAUUGCCACAACUGGCCCUGCAGGACUGCAGUGAGCGGCCGUAUCUACUGGAGAUUAGCCAUGCUGAAAGCGAAUCGAUGGAGAUCUUAGGCCAAUUUCAAUCAUGCAGCUGUGCAUCCCUUGCCUUCGGAGAUCCAUUGAUUCCUUCUGCCUCGGGCAUGAUCAAUCCUGAAAUGCUGCUGGAAAGCCACAGUAUCGUUGACGAAUCAUUUUGGCGCCUGGAGUUUGAUGAUACUUUUGCAGAGAGGUCAGCUGGGACCAGGGCUCCCGGCAUCAAGGAGCCAACGGCCAAAUGGAUGGUGAUCUCGAAGACCCUUCUGGCUGUGCUGCACAUGAUGCUGAGUUUACUCUUUGGAUUCAUGAUCGCCAUGGCGUCUCCCUGCACCAUCUUGAGGACGACGUUAAAGCGAAGCUCCAUGAGCGAAGUGCAGCUUCGCAAGGGGGACUCGAGCCCUGAAGGUCCAGCGCCCAAACUGUCCUGGACCUUUUCCCAGGACUUGAAGUGCAGAUAUCCGGAAGAAAUUUAUGAUGGACUGGUCUCAAUCCCUUGGCGCCGGAUCCUCGCCUAUGCCCACCACCGACCCGUCGGUCGCAAUAUGCACGUGUUUCUAAUUGGCAAACGUGCAGAACAACACCCUGAAGAGCAUAAGAUGUCACGGCAAUGUAUUGAGCGUUUGGCCGAGAUCCUGGGACCUAAGUAGUCCGCCGGGACCAGCCGUGGACCAGCCGUGGACCAGCCGUGGACCAGCCGUGGACCAGCCGUG